AAAACGUUUCGUGACAACCACAUAUACAAGAACUUGGCGUGGUGGUCAAAGUUGUCAAAAUCGCGUCGGUGCGUGCGUGGGGGAGGUGUAGAGUUUGGUCAUGAAGAUACAGCGACAGAAAAAGCUGAAGAAGCGUCUUGAAUUUUUCAAGAAUAAUUUUGGAUUUAACACUCCUUACAGCUUGAUCGUCGAUGGAACAUUCUGUUUCGCGGCAUUGUCGCACAAGGUCAAUAUAAGAGAGCAAAUCCCAAAGAUCCUGGAAGAUAAUGUCAAGAUUCUUACUACCCCAUGCAUUGUCACUGAAACAGAAAAGAUGGGUCCUGCACUGUAUGGAGCAUUCACCAUAGUGAAACAGUUUGCCCACCACCAGUGUGGACAUGAUGUUGCUGUCAAUGGAGCAAAGUGUGUUCGCAGCAUGGUGAAGGGAGGCAAUAAGUCUAAGUACGCAGUGGCCACACAGGACCAGGCGCUGCGUGCGCAGCUGCGCACCAUGCCCGGCGUACCGAUCCUCUACCUACACAACUCGGCGCCCACGCUGGAGAAGCCACCGGAGGUCAGCACGGAGCGCGCCGGACGCCGCGAGGCCGACAGGGUGGGCCUGUCGGAGGACCAGCGCCAGACCAUCGCGUCACUGAAGCGGCGCCUGCUCGGCGAGACGGAGCCGACGCUGCGCCGCAGCCGGAAGACGGCGAAGGGCGCCAAUCCGCUGUCCCGGCGCCGGAAGCAGGCCGCACCGGCACCCGAGCCGGCCGAGGAGGCGACGGCCGGCCGCAGCCGGCGCCGCCGGCGGGUCCGGGUCCACGUGGCAGCGCACGUCAAGGAGGAGUUGGCGCGCCGCCGGUCGCCAACAGUCGGCGGCCCGACGUAAGGGGCCGACCGUCGCGCCGAGCCGAGCUCGACCGGCGGGCGGUGUGGCGUUCUGGAACUUGAUCGCCGGUGCCGGCGUUGGUGAUAACAGCGGGUGUUGUUUGUAGAUGGCCCGCAUUGUGCGUCACGACAGGCGUGGUCGCUGGUCUCAGCUGCCUUGAGUGGUCAGGCAUGGUGGGGAGGCGGCUCGGCCGACCAUGUUGUCGUGGACACAUGCUUUUGUAUGUUUACAGGAUGGGGAUGUGAGGGUAGGGCUUCCGGCAAUAACUUGCCCUUCGUGCCAUGCUGCCCUUUGCUACUGCGCCGCCACAUUCGACUGCGCAAUAUAUUGCUGCAAUCCUCA